GGCUCCUGGAAGUAAAGUAAUGUAACCGGCUCACCUGCGGUGAAUUGUUUUGACUUGUCUGUCAAUAAACAUGAAUCGUCCAAAACCUACAACUCUCAGGCGGCCCAGUGCUGCCAAAUCAUCAGGUCAUCCUCCACCUGGAGAUUUCAUCGCUCUUGGGUCCAAGAGCCAGUCUGGAGAGGCCAAAGCCCCCGCAGUCCUCCUGAAGCCCACCUCCACAGGUUUACCCACUGACCGUAAGAGAGAGGCCUCCUCGUCUCUACCCUCCUCAUCGGGCCUGUCCACCCUCACCAAGCGCCCUAAACUGUCCACCACCCCUCCCGUGAGCGCCCUGGCACGACUCAGUGAUGCUGCAGCGGUAGACAAGAGGGCGAUAUCCCCAUCCAUAAAGGAGCCGUCUGUGGUCCCCAUUGAGGUGUCUCCUGCGCUUCUGCUGGAUGAGAUUGAAGCUGCAGAGUCGGAGGGAAAUGAUGAUCGCAUUGAGGGAUUACUGUGUGGAGCGGUGAAACAGCUAAAGAUGAACAGAGCCAAACCUGACAUCACACUGUACCUCAGCCUCAUGUUUCUGGCCAAAAUCAAGCCCAAUGUCUUUGCUACUGAAGGGAUUAUUGAGGCUUUGUGCAGCCUCUUGCGCCGGGACGCCUCGAUCAACUUUAAAGCAAAAGGAAACAGCUUGGUUUCUGUCCUGGCUUGCAACCUGCUCAUGGCAGCAUAUGAGGAGGAUGAAAACUGGCCAGAGAUCUUCGUCAAAGUGUACAUUGAGGACUCGCUGGGGGAGAGAAUCUGGGUGGACAGCUCUCACUGUAAGAACUUUGUUGACAAUAUCCAGACUGCUUUUGGCACAAAAAUGCCUCCAAAGAGCAUGCUGCUGCAGGCGGAUACUGGCCGCUCCGCUGGAGAUCUCAGCGCAGGUAGCAGCCCUCAUCCAUCAACUCCAGAUGAAGACGACAAUCAGACGGAGCUGCUGAUAGCAGAAGAGAAACUCAGUCCUGAGGACGAGGGCCAGAUCAUGCCAAGGUACGAGGAAUUAGCAGAGAGUGUGGAGGACUACGUGCUGGACGUACUUAGGGAUCAGUUGAACCGCAGGCAGCCGAUGGACAACGUGUCCCGAAACCUGCUCCGUCUUCUCACUGCGACAUGUGGCUACAAAGAGGCUCGACUCAUGGCUGUUCAGAGGCUGGAGAUGUGGCUCCAGAACCCAAAGCUGACUCGGCCGGCCCAGGACCUCCUCAUGUCGUUGUGCAUGAACUGCAACACACACGGAGCAGAUGACAUGGAAGUGAUCUCCAACCUGAUUAAGAUUCGACUCAAACCUAAAGUCCUUCUCAACCACUACAUGCUGUGUGUCCGAGAGUUGCUGAACGCGCACAGAGACAACCUGGGAACGACGGUGAAGCUGGUGAUCUUCAACGAGCUGUCCAAUGCCAGGAAUCCCAACAACAUGCAGGUCCUGCACACGGUGCUGCAGCACAGCCCCGAGCAGGCACCCAAGUUCUUGGCGAUGGUGUUCCAGGACCUGCUAACAAAUAAGGAUGAUUACCUCCGGGCUUCCCGGGCUCUGCUGAGAGAGAUCAUCAAACAGACCAAGCACGAGAUCAACUUCCAAUCUUUCUGUUUCGGUUUGAUGCAGGAGAGAAAAGAGGCCAGCUACGUGGACAUGGAGUUCAAAGAGCGCUUUGUGAUCCAGGUGACUGACUUACUCACCGUCUCCAUGAUGCUGGGCAUCACUGCUCAGGUCAAGGAAGCUGGGAUUGCCUGGGACAAAGGAGAGAAGAAAAACCUGGAGGUCCUGAGGUCAUUUCAGAAUCAGAUUGCUUCCAUCCAGAGAGACGCCGUGUGGUGGCUUCACACGGUGGUUCCUACCAUCAGCAAAGUCGGCGCCAAAGACUACGUUCACUGCCUUCACAAAGUGCUGUUCACCGAGCAGCCAGAGACGUACUACAAGUGGGACAACUGGCCUCCGGAGAGCGAUAGAAAUUUCUUCCUUCGCCUCUGCUCCGAGGUGCCCCUGCUGGAGGACACGCUCAUGCGCAUCCUGGUCAUCGGGCUUUCACGCGAUUUGCCCCUGGGCCCAGCGGACGCCAUGGAGCUGGCGGAUCAUUUGGUCAAGAGGGCUGCCGGGGUUCACUCCGACGAUCUAGAGGUCCUGAAGGUGGAGCGGAUCCAGCUCAUUGAUGCCGUGUUGAAUCUGUGUACAUACCACCAUCCAGAGAACAUCCAGCUGCCAACAGGGUACCAACCUCCAAAUUUGGCAAUCUCCACUCUCUAUUGGAAGGCAUGGCUCUUGUUGCUUGUGGUGGCUGCCUUUAAUCCUCAGAAGAUAGGUUUGGCUGCCUGGGACGGCUAUCCUACGCUGAAAAUGCUGAUGGAAAUGGUUAUGACAAAUAACUAUAGUUACCCUCCUUGCACCAUUACUGACGAGGACACGAAGACGGAGAUGAUCAACAGGGAGCUGCAGAUCUCUCAGAGGGAGAAACAGGAGAUUUUGGCUUUUGAGAGCCACUUGGCCGCUGCCUCCACCAAACAGACCAUCACAGAGAGCAACAGCUUGCUGUUGUCUCAGCUCACCAGUCUGGACCCACAGGGGUCCUCCCGGCGGCCUCCUCCUCAGGUCCAGGAGCAGGUCAAAACCCUCAACCAGUCUCUGCGUCUGGGUCACCUCCUCUGUCGCAGCCGCAAUCCAGACUUCCUUCUCAACAUCAUCCAGAGACAGGCUUCCUCUCAGUCCAUGCCAUGGUUGGCUGACUUGGUCCAGUCCAGCGAGGGGUCCUUGGAUGUACUUCCAGUCCAGUGUUUGUGUGAAUUCCUUCUGCAUGAUGCUGCUGAUGACAACCUGCCAGUAGAGGAUGAUGAUGAAGGAGAGAGCAAAGAGCAGAAGGCCAAGAAGAGACAAAGGCAGCAGAAGCAAAGACAGCUACUUGGACGGCUCCAGGAUCUUCUCUUGGGUCCUAAAGCAGACGAGCAGACCACGUGUGAAGUGCUGGACUACUUCCUGCGUCGCCUCAGCUCUUCUCAGGUGGCGUCAAGAGUUCUCGCUAUGAAGGGUUUGUCGCUGGUGCUGACUGAAGGAGGCCUGAAAGACGGAGAGGAGCGAGACCAGCCCAUGGAGGAGGAUUCUGCAGACGCUGAACUGUUGCCGGGAUACCAGUGGCUGCUGCAAGACCUGCCCAAGCUCCCGCUGUUCGACAGCGUGCGCGGGAUGACGUCCACCGCCCUGCAGCAGGCCAUUCACAUGGAAACGGACCCACAGACGAUCAGUGCCUAUCUCAUCUACCUUUCCCAGCAUGCACCAGUGGAGGAGCAGGCUUCCCAUAACGACCUAGCUCUGGACAUCGCCCGGCUGAUCGUGGAGCGCUCCACCAUCAUGAACAGCCUGUUUUGCAAACACUCCUGCAGACCUGAGUCGGACGCCGUGCUCUCUGCUUUCCUCACCAUCUUUUCCUCCUACAUCAGGAGGAUGAGGAAGACCAAGGAGGGCGAGGAUCUGUACAGCUGGUCCGAAUCUCAAGACCAGGUUUUUCUGCGUUGGACUACAGGAGAGACGGCCACGAUGCACAUCCUUGUGGUCCAUGCCAUGGUCAUCUUGCUGACUUUGGGGCCUCCCAAAGGAGAGAGUGAUUUCUACAGUCUCUUGGACAUUUGGUUUCCUGACAAGAAGCCUCUCCCCACCGCCUUCCUCGUGGACACGUCUGAGGAGGCUCUUCUGCUGCCCGACUGGUUGAAGCUCCGGAUGAUCCGAUCAGAAGUGUCUCGAUUGGUUGAUGCAGCUUUGCAAGACCUGGAGCCUCAGCAGCUGCUGCUGUUUGUUCAGUCCUUUGGCAUUCCGGUCUCCAGUAUGAGUAAACUUCUCCAGUAUCUGGAUCAAGCCGUUUCUCACGAUCCACAGGCGCUGGAGGAAAAUAUCAUGGACAAACACUACAUGGCUCACUUGGUUGAGGUGCAACAUGAGCGCGGCGCCACUGGGGGGCACACUUUCCAUGGUUUACUCAGCUCUUCCAUUCCUUCAGGCAGAGAUUCGUCUGAAACCAGCAAGGUCACAGUUACAAUGGAAACAUCUCAUAGCUCCGUGAAGAUGAGAGCAGCCGCCCAGCUUCCCAUAGUUGGGCCUGAGGAUGAUCUCACCGGCAUGCUGCUCCAGAUUUUCCCCUUAAAAGUGGACCCUCGCUGGCCCGGCCCCCCUCCCACUCAGCUCUCGCUGGCCCUGCAGCAGUCCCUGGCAAAAGAACUGAUGCGGGCCAAGCAGGGUCAGAUUCAGCAGGGGGGUCUGGCCUUCCGUCUGCUGCAGGCCAUCGCGGCCCUGCUCACGUCGGCCCACGCAGGGCCCAUCGUCAUGUCCAUGCACCGCAGCCACGCGCUCUCCUGCCCGCUGAUGCGCCAGCUUCACCUCUACCAGCGUCUCGUGUCCCAGGACAUUCCUUUUUCUUCACUGUUCAUCAAAGUCAUUGUCGAGAUGUUAAUCUGGUUGGACAACCCGACCGUGGAGGCAGGACCACUGAAGACCCUGCUCAAAUCCUUCGCUGGUCAGAGCUCUCACAAACACAGGCACAGUGACGUGCGUACAGGUUUCAUCCACCUCGCCGAGGCGUUGGCAUAUCGCAGAGACACUGAAGUGCCACUAAGAGGCAUCAUAGCGAUGCUGAAAGCCGGAGAAAGAUGUAACGCAGAAGCUGAGCUCAUUGGCAAAGUGUUACAAGGGCUGAUGGAGGUGAAGUCCCCGUACUUGGAGGAGCUUCUGUCUCUGCUGAUGACAGUCAGCACUCAGAAUGGGACGGCCGGCCCUGUUGCCAUGGUGAUAUCGCUGCUCCUUCUGGAAAGCGAGGAGCUAGCUGUGAAAAAGGAAGUGGAUUUGAAGAGUGGUCCUGAAGUAACCAGGUCGGGACUGAGCUCGGGGCUCCUGGUUGAUUGGCUGGAGCAUCUUGACCCUGAAGUUACGUCUGUGUGCUCGGACCUUCAGCAGAAGCUGCUGUUUUCCCUCAACAAGGCACGAGGCACCCCGGCCUACAGACCUUAUCUCUUGGCCCUGCUGACCCAUCAGUCCAACUGGUCCACGCUGCUGCAGUGCAUCAGCGCUCUCCUCAACAAACACAGAGACUACAAACUAGAUCCAUCUUCAGCCUUGGACUUCCUGUGGGCGUGCAGCCACAUUCCUCGUAUCUGGCAGGGCCGCGACCAGAAGAUCCCUCAAAAGAAAACGGAGAAGUUCGUCCUGCGACUCAGCUCCGAGGAGCUCAUCAGUCUGGUGGACCUGAUGCUGUCGGAGUCGGAGCUCAACAGCGGAGACUCGGCCCACAACGACAAAAGCGGUCUGGACCAGGCCUCCUGCUCCCUCAUCCAGUCCAGGCUGCCCCUCCUUCGCUCCUACUGCGACGGAGCGCUAGAAAACAUCAAGAAAGUCUCAGAAUACCUCAUCAGCUGCACAAAAAAGUGGGAAGACAGUGCGAUGAGCAAGCGGUGCCAGAACCUGCUGCUGCAGAUCUACCUGCACUUCCCAGAGGUCAUCAUGCACGUCGCCCUUCCUGAAGGAACAUUCAGCAGCGGAGGGGCCGCCGACGUCAGCAGCUGCAAGCUCGAUGUCCUCGUCCAUCGCCUGGUCACGCUGCUCGCAGACCCCGGAGACUCCAAGUCCGCCGAGGGCCGCGCGUCCGACGCUAAUCUGGCGUGCAGGAAGCUCGCCGUGUCACACCCUGUCCUUUUACUCCGACACCUGCCCAUGAUUUCAGGACUCCUACAUGGCCGCAUUCACCUAAACCUGCACGAGUUCCGGCAGCAAAACCACAUGACGUUCUUCAGCAACGUUCUGGCCAUCCUGCAGCUGCUGCAGCCGCUGGUUUUCCACAGCGAGCACCAGAGGGCGCUUCAGGACUGUCUUCUGUCCUUCAUGAAAGUCCUCCAGGUGCAGCUCGCAAGCUUCCAAGGCUACAGAGGAAACUUUCAGAGGAGUCGGUCUCCACUCUUCUUCAUUAAUAAGUUUCUGCAGUUCACACAGAAGUACAUCACCCACAACGCGGCGGCCGCCAUUCCUUACCUGCAGAAACACUCUGACAUCUUGCAGAAUUUGUGUGCAGAAAACCCAGACCUCGUCCAGCUGAAAUCUCUGCUAGCUGGACUCACUUUGCCUGUAAGAAGAUCCUCUACGGAUGUUUCAGCAGAAGAAAGAGAUGAUGACUUGUCGACUGGUACUUUACCACUGGUCAACAUAUCUACCUCGAUUUCACUAACGCCUGCAGACAUGACGAUGUACUUGAAAAAGAUGUCCAAAGGAGAAGCAGUGGAAGACGUGUUAGAAGUGUUGACAGAAGUGGAUGACAGGUCAAAGAGGAGCCCAGAAAUCAUACAGUACUUCAUUAACGACCUGCAGAGACUCAUGACGUCGUCGGAGGAGCUGUGUCGGAACAUGGCCUUCAGCCUGGCCCUGCGCUGCAUCCAGAACAACCCCUGCUUGGCAACAGACUUCCUGCCGACGUUCAUGUACUGUAUGGGCAGCGGUAACUUUGAUGUGGUGCAGACUGCUCUGAGGAAUCUUCCAGAGUAUGUUCUUCUCUGUCAAGAACAUGCAGACAUCCUGCUCCACAAGGCGUUGUUAGUGGGCAUCUACGGACAAAUCGACACCAGCACAAUGAUCGCCGAGUCCAUGAAGGUCCUCCACAUGGAGGCAACGACGUAACGGCGGCUCCACUACCGACUGAAAACAGUAUCAUCCCUCCUCUCCAUCCCAGAGCUCUGUUAUUAAGAUAUUUUUCUUUUAAUUUCUCUUCCGUUCAAGCACGGCUCUAAUUUGAUCAUUGCAGAUUAACAAAGUCACUCCUCAGCGAUGCAGAUUAAAAACUCUCCACUGAGCCGUUAUCGCAUCCAGUAAUGUAAUCAUUUCUGGAUAAUUCAGACGUUUCACAGAAUGCGUUAAAAUACCCCCCAAAGAAGUUCUUAAAAUUAAAAUGUAAUGUGAUUGUAAUGUUGUGACCAAUACUGUAUACCACAUUGUCACGGGUAUAAAUAAUUUUGAAUUGGUGAUGUAAUAAUUCAUCUAUAAAGGAUGAAAAAGAAAAAAGAACCAUAACUGGAUCAGUUCCGUUGUUUUCACUCAACACAUCAGAAGAGGAAAAACAUUAUAUACGUGCAAAAUGGAAAACUGAUACUUUGUAAUUUUUCAAAUUACUUAAUAAUAAGAGUGAAUUUGAAUUUAAGACGGAUGUGUUUGCAUUUCUGUGGUUAGUAAUUAAAAACAAAUAUGGUUUUACUUCAAAUCUGUACUUGAUACUGGUUUGGCUUCCUUUAUUUUCUCUUUUUAUGAACUAUUAGUUAAUUAAUUAUUGACUUUCUAUACCAGUGAAAUGGAAUAGCCGGGCCAGCCACGCUCUUUCCCUUGGAGGAAUAAGUCUGGCACCUUCACCCACCGCAGCCAUUUUCAGUGGUACAAAACUACCGAACUAGUUUUAUGUGAUGGCCCUUACAGGAGCCACAGUUCAAUACUGCCAUCACAUGUUAGGUUUGAUUUGGUUUGCUUGUAUCCCUGUCCAACGGCCUCCAGAGGCAGUUUCCUCAGAGAUCAGACACAUCCAGAGCAACCAGACUUAGUCUUUAUAUCUGAGAGGGAAGGAAUCAGUCGGGCUCAGUGCAUCUCAUGUUACAUUUGUUGGUUACUUCUUCCAUCCUCAUCACAGCACUGAGGUAUUCCUAUUAAUAGUCUUGCAGUCUUGCUAUUUCUUGUCCUUUUUUGUUUUUAAUUUGAAAUGUUUCAUUGUAAAAAUUGGAUGGUUUUCUGCUCUGGAUUCCUUGACUAUGUUGACUUUGAAUGGCAGGAACCGAUAAAACAUU